AUGGAAUUCGAAACAGAGAAAUGUUGCGACAUCAUGUACGUCAUCGGUAUUGCUCCACCACCUUACAAUCUGUAUAACUACCAAGGUUACAUGCAGCGUACGUUCCAAUUUGCAAGCGAAAAUGAUGUCAUUAUGAAUUUUACAUCGGACGGCGUUGUUCAAGGUGUUGGAUUCAAUGGUACCGUAUAUAACAUCGACUGUGCUUGCAAUUCUGGUACCAGCCAACUGCACCAAAACAACACGUUGCUUCAAAUAAACUCCCCUGGACUCCUUUCUGGUGCUCCCACCUAUUGCCCAAAUCUCAACUGUUCGUGGACUGUCCAAUUUCCAAAUGACUACGAGGUCGUUCUCAACGUAUCUAUGGUCCAACUUCGGGCAGUUUCACAGUUCGAUCAGCUUGCCGUAAAGGAUAAUUUUGGAAGGACAAUUUUAACGACAAAUUCCACGAUAUACUAUGGUCAACGGAAGUUCGUUUUUACAUCUGGGCAAUUUCUCGUCAACUUCCUUUCUUCACCAAUUACUUUCUUCCCACCUCAAAACGCUCAGCCAGGUUUUCUCCUCGACAUGAUGCUUGUCAAAAAGACAAUACGAAGAACUAGCAUCAGAUUCUCGGACGAGUACUUUAUGGCAGAUAUCUCAACCAGGGAUUUUGCCGGGGGAAUAAACGCUACCUAUGAAUAUCUAAUCACUGCAAGGCCAGGAAGACAGGUUAAUGUCCAUUUUUUCACUCCCUUGUAUGGCAUCGUUAUUAUACAGAUCUACGAUGGCACCGAUACAGCUUCAAAGAUGAUAGACACUAGUUUUCUCUUUGAUAAUGACACAGUUGUGGAUGGUAUUCCUUUGUCGGUGAGCUCAACUGGACAAAGCCUUUUGAUUCAAAUUAGACCCAACUUGUACAACAACAACGACAAGCUAGAUUUUCAGGCAAUGACUACAGACUGGGUUCAAGGUGAGUGAGC